AUGGCGAGUCCUCCAAAUACUGGCGGAGGACACUUGUUAUCCAACGCGAACAUUAGUAACAACAAGAUUAAGAAAUGUGGAUACCUCAAGAAGCAGAAGCACGGACACAAGCGCUUCUUCGUUCUGAAGGAGCCGGACGAGGGCUUCCCUGCCCGGCUGGAGUACUACGAGAGCGAGAAGAAAUGGAAAAACAAGUCAGCGGCAAAGAGGGUUAUUCCACUUGACUGCUGUCUCAAUAUCAACAAGAGAGCUGACGCCAAACACAAACACCUUAUCGCCCUCUAUACCAAGGACGAGUAUUUUGCCGUGGCGGCAGAGAAUGAAAAGGAGCAGGAGAAUUGGUACCGAGUCUUAACGGAUUUAAUGAGCGAGGGGAAAGUGUACUCCGACGGCUCUGCUUCCAAUUCCGCGUCUUCGCUGGUGGGGUUUGAUGAGGCGAACUACGGGAUGAUUACGCCGGUAACAGCCGCGUAUAAGGAGGUAUGGCAAGUGAACCUGAAAUCCAAAGGGCUGGGGCAGAGCCGGAAUCUGACCGGGGUGUACAGGCUGUGUUUAUCCAGUCGGACUAUCAGCUUCGUAAAGCUCAACUCGGAUGUCGCUUCCGUCAGUUUACAGCUGAUGAACAUUCGGAGAUGCGGGCACUCAGAGAGCUUUUUCUUCAUCGAGGUCGGACGGUCAGCAGCCACGGGACCAGGCGAGCUGUGGAUGCAGGCUGACGACUCAGUGGUGGCGCAAAACAUCCACGAGACUAUCCUGGAGGCGAUGAAAGCCAUGAAGGAGCUGUCAGAGUUUCGGCCGCGCAGCAAGAGCCAGUCGUCGGGCACUAACCCCAUCUCCGUGCCCACCCGGCGGCACCUCAACAACCUUCCUCCGAGCCAGACCGGGCUCCAGCGGCGGUCGCGCACUGACAGCAUGGCGACGACUUCCCCGGUUAGUAAAUUUACCUCCUGCCGGAUACGCACUGCCAGCGAGGGAGAAGGCACCAUGGCGCGCCCAAUGUCUGUCAAUGGGAGUCCCCUCAGCCCGGUUAUUCAACGGACCCUAUUAGGGAGAUCAAACACCAUUACAGCCCGGCCCUGCCUGACAUUUGAAUCCUCCUCCCUCCAGCACAGUAAGUCCAUGUCCAUGCCUCUGUCUCACUCCCCACCCACAGCCACCCCCAGCCCUGUCAGCCUGUCCUCCUGCUCGGAGAGCAGUGCUCCUUGCCCCUCCAGCUGCAGUGCCUCUGUCUCCCCCAGUGAUGGGGGCUUCAUCUCCUGUGAUGAGUAUGGCUCCAGCCCUGCAGGCCUGCACCUCACCCUCCGCAGUAACACCCCAGAGUCCCUGAGGGAAGACACACCCCCCUCCCGGGACAGCAGCGACCUGCACGGCUACAUGGUGAUGGAGAGACAGAAUGGUUACCGCCGGUUACCAGAGCUGGACAAGGCAUACCGGAAACGCACAUACUCCCUCACCACCCCGCGCCAGCACAGGGCACUGCCCCAGGUCUCCUCUGCCUCAUUGGACGAAUAUACGCUCAUGAGGGCCACCUACCCCAGUGGUGGCCAAUCGGGUCGCAGCUCUCACAUGGCUUCCCCAAAAGUUACCUAUCCCGAGGACUAUGGCGAUGUCCAGAUAGGCUCCAACAGUCACCUAGGUGACAGUGGCUACAUGCCCAUGACUCCGGGCGUGGCCCCUCAGACAAGGGGGGUCAAAGGUAAUGCUUACAUGCCCAUGAGCCACAUGUGUGUGUCAGCCCCCAAGCAGAUCAUAAAUCCCCGCUCUCACCCCUCUCCAGCUGGGAUGGGUCCCCGUACAGAUUCCCCUGGCAGCGUGUCUCUGGAGGACAGCGGCUACAUGAGGAUGUUCUGCGGGGCCAAGAUGUCUGUGGACAGCUCAGAUGAGAAACUCACCAAUGGGGAUUACCUCAACAUGUCCCCUGUGGACCCUCUGGUGUCCUUCACCCCCCCAGACUACUUCCUCACAGACACUACCCCCCAGCCUCACCCUCACCACAGACAGCCUUACUCCAUCAGUUCCCUGCCCCGCUCUCUCAAAGCUCAGCCCCAGAAGAACGGGGUCACAGACACAGACCAGUACGUGGUGAUGAGUCUACAGAGGCAGAGGAUAGAGGAGGAGUCCAACUACUGUCCCAUCUCACCAGUCUCCAUCAGUAUGCCCCCCACCAACACCCUCUCCUCAGCCCCCUCGCCCCUCAGAGCCGGAAGGGUGACCCAGGAGGGGGGUCUUGUCCACAGGGGAAGGGUGAGUCGGCCUACCCGGCUGGCCCUGGACUCUCUGAGGACACUGCCCUGUAUGAGUGAACACCCCCUCCCCUCUGAGCCCAGAAGUCCCGGGGAGUACAUCAACAUCGACUUUGGCAACACCACACAAUACCCGCCUGUCUCUGCCACGACUGAAAGCUCUGGUUCAUCGCUGGGCUCGGUGGAUGGGCCGAUGAGGAGUUCCCCGCCACUCUCCGAUUAUGUCAACAUGGACAUCAGCUCAUGCUCUUUUAAACAUGGGGAUUCCCCUUCUUCAACAGGGCGCAUGGACCAGAGUCCUGUGCUCCUCAUGUGUCCCAGCCAGCCUCACAGAGAGGAACAGAGGGAGAGAGAGGAGGAGAGGGAGAGAGAGGAGGAGAGGGAGAGAGAGGAGGAGAGGAAGAGAGAGGAGGACCAUAGGGAGAGAGAGGAGGAGGAGAGAAAGGGAAAGGAGGAGAGAGUCGUAGUGGAAUAUCCUCUCCAAAAGCUUGUGAGCCCUGUGUGCCCAGUUGGCACUGUAAAAGACGACUACACUGAGAUUACCUUCAGUCCUACCAACCCCUCUGCCUCUCUCCCUGCCACCCUGUGGCCCUCUGACACCACCACCCCCCUGCCUACCAGCCCCUCGUCCUGCAUCCAGAGACUCACCCUAGGGGGAGAGGGUGUAGUGGUGGUCCCCCCUGUCCCUGUGGAGUCCUUCCUCCUGGGGGGUCCCUCCAUCCCGCCCGUCAACCCAGACAGGGGGGCUAAGGUGAUCCGGGCCGACCCCCAGGGGCGCAGGCGCCACAGCUCCGAGACCUUCUCCUCCACCACCACGGUAACGCCAGUGUCUCCGUCGUUCGCCCACGAUGCCAACAAGCGACACAGCUCGGCGUCGGUGGAAAACGUGUCGCGGCUGGUCCGGAGCUCGGAGGGCUCAGACGAGGAGUAUGGGAACAGCAACAGCCCCAUGUGCCGGGAGACGUCGGCGGGCUACCAAAACGGACUCAACUACAUUGCCUUAAACCUGAUGGAAGGGAGCCAGGGGGGCUGCAGCAGUCUGGGGGGCUGUGAGGGACUGCUGAGGUUCAAGGCAGCGUGUGGAUGCAAGGGGGGCAUGAACGGUUUCAACGCCAGCCCCUAUGCCACCAUGGGCUUCAAGGAGACUGCAACAGCAGUGAAAGGUGAGCCACUGCCGAUUCUGUGUGUGUGUGUGUUUUCACAUGCUUAUCAUGAGCCCAUACGUUCAUUCAGACAGUCAGUGUGUGUCAGGGCAUAGAAAUAGAAUGAAUAGAAAGGAUACCUCCAUUUAAGUCAAUGAUGGCAUAAUGGGUGGACUAGCCAUUUUGAGUGUACCCAUGGCAGGAAGUAGAAGCAGGAAGCGUACACUUCAAUGUGUGCUGUGAUUUGUUGAGCCAACUCAUCUGACAGUACAAAAAAUACAUUCCAUUGCAUGAGCCACAUCCGUUAGCUUCAUUUGAAUUAACAUUUUACAUUACCAUGGCAAUCCAGCAUCAGAUAGAACAUUCCAAAAUACCAUGGAAAUUAUUGCAUCAAAUUACCAGGCAGCCAUUGCGAGUGUACCCAUGAGUUUUCAAGUUAAAUUGCCAGGGUUAGAGGUUCCAUGCCCCUCUAUUCACUCUAUUUCUAUGUUGUUUUCACUGCGUCCUACUAAACCCAAAAUUCUAAUAAUACCAGAUAAUUUAGACUGCCUUUGUGGCACUGACAGCGGCUGCCUGCUUGCAUGCGAUUGUGAUGAUGCAGCAGUGUGGCACGCAGACCCCAGUUUUCUUUCCCUCAUGGUCUGAAACCAACCCACUGUAG